UGUCUGUCUCUCUCUCUCUGUCCCCUUUCCCCUUCCUUCCCUUCUGAAGUUCCGCUCUCCUCGCUUCCAAGCUAAACCUCCGCGCCACUCGACUCGAGUCUCGAGCUUUCCUUCUCCGCGUUCCUUGGCUUGGCUUGCACACCACCGAAGCGACCACGCGAGGGAGAAAGAGGGGAGCGGCAUGGAGGGGAACGGCGAGGGGAAGGGCCGGGCGCCGGGGCCGGCGGCGACGGCGGCGGGGGGCGGGGGAGGAGGGUACGGCUACGGCGGGUACGACGGGGCCGGCGGGGACAGGAAGUGGUGGCCGUGGCUCGUGCCCACCGUGAUCGUCGCGUGCAUCGCAGUCUUCGUCGUGGAGAUGUGGGUCAACGACUGCCCCAGGCACGGCAGCGCCCUCGGCGGCGGCUGCGUCGUCGGCUUCCUACGCCGUUUCUCCUUCCAGCCGCUCCGCGAGAACCCGCUCCUCGGCCCGUCGUCCGCCACUUUGGGCAAAAUGGGAGCUCUUGACUGGAACAAGGUCGUUCAUGAGCACCAAGGGUGGCGUCUCAUCAGCUGUAUCUGGCUCCAUGCUGGUCUAAUCCAUUUGGUUGUGAACAUGCUAAGUUUGCUGUUUAUUGGAAUUCGUCUUGAGCAGCAAUUUGGGUUUGUCCGUAUUGGUGCCAUAUACCUAUUAUCUGGUUUUGGCGGCAGCGUGUUGUCUGCACUUUUCCUACGGAGUAACUACAUCUCAGUUGGUGCAUCUGGAGCUUUAUUUGGACUUCUUGGAUCUAUGCUUUCUGAGCUUAUCAUGAACUGGACCAUUUAUUCCAACAAGGUAGCAGCCAUAAUAACUCUUCUGUUUAUAAUAGCGAUCAACAUGGCAAUUGGGAUCCUACCUCAUGCUGAUAACUUUGCUCAUAUUGGUGGAUUUGUGACGGGCUUCCUUUUGGGAUUUGUUUUGCUGGCGAGGCCCCAAUUCGGUUGGAUGGAACGCAAUGAGUUGCCCCAUACCAAUCAACCUCCCAAGUACAAAGCAUACCAAUAUGUUCUAUGGGUUGUGGCACUCCUAUUGCUGCUUGUCGGAUUUGUGACUUCAUUGGUGAUGCUCUUCAAGGGCAAGAACGGGAAUGACGGCUGCCACUGGUGCCACUACCUGAACUGCGUGCCGACAUCGAAGUGGAAGUGCAAUACCUAGGCAGUUGUUCUCCAGUUUUCGACCAAAUACACAGUGUUUGGAGGACUCUUUUCAGGCUUGUAUUUUUGUAGAUACGAACGUGUUCGUCCAUUAUGUUUGUUCUUUAGCAGAUUUGCGAUUCCCAUGGUUUGUUAGUAUCUGUAAAUUUGUUUCUCAGGCACUGCAAGUUUAUAACUCGAUUUUUGUAUGUUAUUUUCCGUUCUGGUUGUUUAAGAUGCGAAAUUGGUUCGUCC